UCUCCCCGCCCUCGCCCCGCCCUGCGGGCUGCGGUCCCUUUAAAGGCGCGCGGGUCUGGGGCCGCCCCUUCUCUCGGGCUGGCUCGGGAGGAGUCGCCGCCGCCAGCCGGGCAUGGCCAUGGCGUCCCCGGCCAUCGGGCAGCGCCCCUACCCGCUGCUCUUGGACCCCGAGCCGCCGCGUUAUCUGCAGAGCCUGAGCGGCCCGGAGCCGCCGCCCCCAGGCCGCUCCUCGCGCCGCUGCGUCCCGGCAUCCCUCUCCACUGCGCCCGGGGCGCAUGAGGGGCGCGGCGCCCGUAGGGGGUCCCGGGGGGACCCCGAGCCCCAGCCCCGAGCCUCGCGACCCUCUCGCCCUCUCCGGCCGGGUCUGCAGCAGAGACUGCGGCGGCGGCCUGGGGCGCCCCGGCCCCGCGACGUCCGGAGCAUCUUCGAGCAGCCGCAGGAUCCCCGAGUCCCGGCGGAGCGAGGCGAGGGACACCGCUUCUCGGAACUGGCUCUGCGGGGCGGCCCCGGCUGGUGCGACCUGUGCGGACGCGAGGUGCUGCGGCAGGCGCUGCGCUGCUCUAACUGCAAGUUCACCUGUCACCCAGAGUGCCGCAGCCUCAUCCAGCUGGACUGUAGUCGGCAAGAGGGCCUGGCGCGGGACAGACCCUCCCGGGAGAACAUCCUCACCCCGACGUUCAGCCAGAAUGUCUGCAAGCCAGUGGAGGAGACACAGCAGCCGCCCCUGCUGCAGGAGAUCAAGCAGAAGAUUGACAGCUACAACAGCCGGGAGAAGAACUGUCUGAGCAUGAAGCUGAGUGAAGAUGGUACCUACACGGGUUUCAUCAAAGUGCAUCUGAAGCUUCGGCGGCCAGUGACAGUGCCUGCCGGGAUCCGGCCUCAGUCCAUCUAUGACGCCAUCAAAGAGGUGAACCUGGCGGCCACGACGGACAAGCGGACGUCCUUCUACCUGCCACUCGAUGCCAUCAAGCAGCUCCACAUCAGCAGUACCACCACCGUCAGCGAGGUCAUCCAGGGACUGCUCAAGAAGUUCAUGGUUGUGGACAAUCCCCAGAAGUUUGCACUUUUUAAGCGGAUACAUAAGGAUGGGCAAGUGCUCUUCCAGAAGCUGUCUGUAGCCGACUGCCCCCUCUACCUACGCCUGCUCGCAGGGCCUGACACCGAUGUCCUCAGCUUCGUGCUCAAGGAGAAUGAGACCGGAGAGGUGGAGUGGGAUGCCUUCUCCAUCCCUGAGCUCCAGAACUUCCUCACAAUCCUGGAAAAAGAAGAGCAGGACAAAAUCCAACAAGUGCAGAAGAAGUACAACAAGUUCAGACAGAAACUGGAAGAGGCCUUGAGAGAAUCCCAGGGAAAACCUGGGUAACUGGUCUCGCCUCCUCUCUUCCCAGUACCCUUGGAUUAAUUUUUAUUAUUAUUAUUUUGGAAGACACUUUUUCUCAGGACAUCUCUGGUGGGUGCAUUUGCACCUGCCCAGCGACUCUAGAUGUGGCACAAAGCCCCUUCCGUGGACAAGGGUUUGGGUACGGGUUGAUUCCUACCCCCCUGCUCCCACCAUGAUACCCCUUGAUGGACUCUGCCAAGGAUGGAUCGGAACUUGUGCGGAGCCAACAGUGUUGCCCUCGUUCAAUCUGGAAGCAUUUUCCAAACCAAAAAGCUGCCUCUCUGGUCACCAAACUGGAACCGAUGGCACCAGCCAGCAGAAGGAAAGAAAAAGGGUUUCAGAGCUCUGUUCUUUCUCUG